UGCACACCCGAGCCGCCAGUUGCGCAGAAUAAGGGACUUGCUCUGCUCCUCUAUCUAGAAUCAGACCUUUGUCAGGGACAGGGCAGGGCAAGUGGGGAGGGCAAUGGCCUGCCCGAGGGAGUCGUGUCUUUAGGGAAGGCCCCAUCGGACGGAGCCAGUGGGAGAACAGAGUCCAUGGGGAAAGAGAGACUCGCUUUCCCGUGUGACACAGCUAUCAAGUGGCAGAACCAGGACUGGACCUCGUCUUGCUUACUAAGGCCUUGUAUCCACCGUCUUCACUGAAAUGAACAUACCCAUCAAUAUGAUGAACUUCCCAACCUUCCAAGUUGUCCCACCUUGCACUGUUUUGGGAAUCAGAAAUGAGGAAUCAGACAGUGGAGGCCAGUGUGCCUGGGUCUGCACAGCACAGUUCAGCACAAGGAAGAAAGGUCCUGUGUCCUACAGUAUGCCUGAAUAUCUGACUGGACACUCAUCUGAGCCUGGAGCUUGUGUCCGCUUAAAUCACAGAAUGGCGUUUAAUGAUUGCUUUAGUUUGAACUAUCCUGGCAACCCUCAGCCAGGUGAUUUGAUUGAAGUGUUUCGUCCUGGCUAUCAACACUGGGCACUGUACUUGGGUGACGGGUAUGUUAUCAACAUAGCACCUCUAGACGAUGGCAUUUCUGCAUCGUUUACAAGCGCCAAGUCUGUAUUCAGCAGAAAGGCCCUGGUGAAGAUGCAGCUUUUGAAGGAUGUUGUGGGAAAUGACACAUACAGAAUAAACAAUAAAUACGAUGGAACAUACCCACCACUCCCCGUGGAAGAAGUCAUGCAACGGUCAGAGUUUGUUGCUGGACAGGAGGUGGAAUAUGACUUACUUGUCAACAACUGUGAGCAUUUUGUGACUUUGCUCCGCUAUGGAGAAGGAGUUUCAGAGCAGGCCAACCGAGCAAUAAGUACCAUUGGGUUUGUAGCAGCUGCCGCUGGUGCCUUCUCUUUCCUUGGCUUGUUUCCAAAAAGACUAAGAGCAAAAUACUAUUAAUUUACUGAAGAGAUAUUGGAGCCGAAGGAAUUUGUGAGGAAGAAAAGAAACUUGGGAUGAAUACUUAUUUUCAAUGUAUCAUUGUUGUUCCAAAUUCCAAUGAUGGAUGGCAGGCUCUUUAAUACAUUGUUUACUGGUAUUGUCUCAUCA